GCAAUUUGGCAUUGGCCUCCCACCACUUGACCACCCCGCCCGUCCUCUUCUGCGCCGCAAGCGCUUCGGCUGCUGCUGCUGACGGCGGCCGCCGUCCCGUAGCGAGUGCAGACGCCGAGUCGCCAGGAAGGAAAGCAGCAAGGCAGGUGAGGAAGAAGAAGAACAGGAGGGGAUGGCGGCAAUGCCGGCGGUUCUGCUGCUCCUCCUGGUGGCCGCGCUGGUCGCCCCCGCCGCCGCCCGCAUUCCCGGCGUGUACGGCGGCGGCGACUGGCAGAGCGCGCACGCCACGUUCUACGGCGGCAGCGACGCCUCGGGCACCAUGGGCGGCGCGUGCGGGUACGGCAACCUGUACAGCCAGGGGUACGGCGUGAACAACGCGGCGCUGAGCACGGCGCUGUUCAACGAGGGCCUGAGCUGCGGCGCCUGCUUCGAGAUCAAGUGCGAGAACCAGCCCGGGUGGCGGUGGUGCCGCCCCGGGAGCCCCUCCAUCCUGGUGACGGCCACCAACUUCUGCCCGCCCAACUACGCGCUCCCCUCCGACAACGGCGGCUGGUGCAACCCGCCCCGCCCCCACUUCGACCUCGCCAUGCCCAUGUUCCUCCACAUCGCCGAGUACCGCGCCGGCAUCGUCCCCGUCUCAUACCGCCGGGUGCCGUGCCGGAAGUCCGGCGGCGUGCGGUUCACCAUCAACGGCUUCCGCUACUUCAACCUGGUGCUCAUCACCAACGUUGCCGGCGCCGGCGACAUCGUGCGCGCGAGCGUGAAGAGCUCCAGCACCGGGUGGCUGCCCAUGUCCCGGAACUGGGGCCAGAACUGGCAGUCUAACGCCAUCCUCGUCGGCGACGCGCUCUCCUUCCGCGUCACCGGCAGCGACCGCCGCACCUCCACCUCCUGGAACGUCGCCCCGCGCAACUGGCAGUUCGGCCAGACCUUCGAGGGCAAGAACUUCAGGGUCUGAUGCCCGUGAACAUCAUCAUCUUCCUCCUCGCCGCCGGCGUGUGAUUCGGAUUCAGCUACAAGUGAGAAAAAAAAGAAGCUAAUGUCUUCUCAUACGUAAUUAGUAUAGUCAUUAAGCGUGUGUCAGGGUGGGAAUGUCCGUUCAAGUUCGCGCCUUCUCGCCUUAAUCCGUGGUCCAGGUCCUCUCUGAAAGGAAGCUUUUUCUUCUGAGCAAGGGGGCAAAAGGAGGGUAAAGUCUAGAGUCAGUUAGGGUAAAUUUGUCGUCACAAGUCACAACUACUCUACUGCAAUAGUGUGCUUGUGACUACCAAGUGUGGUUAUGGAUCUUGUUUGUGGUUAAGCCUUGCUUUUGGGGUGAUUUCUGUCGGAACACUGGCUGAAGUGGCUGCCAAGCUGCAGAGCUCAAAGCUAUGUGCGGUGAGUGUAGCCCGCAGCUGCUUGUUCCUCCUCCAUCCCGUGUCAUCUAUCUCCAUGACACGACGUGUUGGUAUCUCUUAUCAUGAGCCUGAAUUUAAGUAAGGUGAUUAGACUGGUAACAAGGUUGCUACUACUGUUUGCUUUUCUUU